UUCUCCAUAUACUUGCUAGCUCUUGCUCGCCUCCUCCUCCUAAUACUCAGUUUCAUAUUGCAAAAUGGCAAAUUUAAGCAAAUGGUUGUUUUGUUUCCUAGUUUCUACUACGGUGAUAGUAGCAGCAGUGGGGAGAGAGAUUUCUGACGGAGAAGAAGCAAGGAGAGAAGCUGAUAGAGUGACCAAUUUGCCUGGGCAACCACAAGUAAGGUUUCAGCAUUAUGCUGGUUAUGUAAAACUUGGACCCCAGAAUCAGAGGGCAUUGUUCUAUUGGUUCUUUGAAGCAAAAGAGGACGCUUCUCAAAAGCCUCUAGUUCUGUGGCUUAAUGGAGGACCUGGGUGCUCCUCCAUAGCUUAUGGCGCAGCGCAAGAACUUGGCCCCUUUUUAGUUAGGGGAAAUGGAACACAGCUUAUUCUCAACAAAUACUCUUGGAACAAAGCUGCAAACAUGCUUUUCCUGGAGGCUCCUGUGGGCGUAGGAUUUUCAUACACAAAUAAUUCCGAAGAUCUAUAUAAACUAGGUGAUAAAGUUACAGCCGAUGACUCUCAUACCUUCUUAAUCAAUUGGUUCAAAAGGUUUCCAAAUUUCAAAUCACAUGAUUUUUAUAUAGCUGGAGAGAGCUACGCAGGGCACUAUGUUCCCCAACUAGCUGAGCUCAUUUACGAAAGAAACAAAGGAGCUACAAAAAGUUCUUACAUAAAUCUCAAGGGUUUCAUGAUCGGAAAUGCUGUGAUUAAUGAUGAAACGGACUCUGCGGGCAUUGUGGAUUACGCGUGGAGUCAUGCAAUUAUCUCAGACCAGCUCUACCACAACAUAAAGGAAUGUGAUCAUCAAGAAAGCGCAACAAACGAGUGUGUUGUUCAUUACAGAGGGUUCGCAGAAGCUUAUUCAGACAUCGAUAUUUAUAGCAUCUACACUCCAGUUUGUCUCUCCGAAUAUUCUACUCGAAUUUCAUCGAGACUUGUCGUCGCACCUCGCCUUCUCUCAAAAUUACAUGACCUGGUGCAUAAGCUACCAUCAGGAUAUGAUCCAUGUACGGAAGAUUAUGCAGAGAAGUUUUUCAAUAGAGAGGAUGUUCAGAAAGCCCUGCAUGCCAAUGUUACCAAAUUAUCCUAUCCUUACACACCAUGCAGCAAUGCAAUAAGGAAGUGGAAUGACUCUGCGGAAACAGUACUGCCUAUCAUUCAGAAGCUUUUAGACGCUGGAUUGCGUAUUUGGAUCUAUAGUGGAGACACUGAUGGGAGAGUACCAGUAACAUCAACAAGGUACAGCAUAAACAAAAUGGGGUUAAAAGUGAUUGAAGAAUGGAGGGCAUGGUUUCAUAAGAGUCAAGUGGCAGGAUGGGUUGAGACGUAUGAGAGAGGGCUCUUAUUAGCCACCAUACGUGGUGCAGGCCACCAGGUUCCGGUCUUUGCACCUCAGCAGUCCCUUUCUCUCUUCUCUCAUUUCCUUUCAGCCAAAACUUUGCCGGCUUCUUCAAGGUUCUAGUUCCCACAGUAUUGGUACUCGUGAUAAAGAGGAAUAGAAUGUGACCAAUCAUUGACUAUGUUUAGCAGAUCUUGGACAUCUUUUUCUCCACCUUGGGCUGUGUAAUUUAUCAGACACUCUUUUCUCUUUAUCUCAUUAUGCAAAACUCAGGAUUUUAAUUU